GAGCCGGAGAAUGAUUCAAAAUUACAUUGAAGUCCAAUGAAUUUGAACUCAAAAAAGCAAAACUACUGAUAUCAAAGCAAAUGCGUACUUUGAAAAAGAAUAUGUAAGCGUCUGUAGACAACUGCAACUGCCUGCUAAGUAGGCAAAUUUUUAACAACAACAACGAUCUAUAAAAAUAUUGUAAUAAAUACACUUGCAAUAUUGUAAGAAAAUAAACAGUAAAUUAAAAAUCAAACUACAUAUUAGCAAAAACAACACUGCAUGUAGCAUUGUAGCAACAACAAUCACAAGUAAUGUCAAACCGCGAUACAAUAAUUACAAUAGUGAAACAACUUAGGCAACAACAAAAAAACACCAUGGUGCACUUAAAUGAAAAUUACAACAAAUAACUAAGCAUAAAAACAAAUAAAUAAAGCAUAAAACACAAAAUUUAUAAACAAAAAUAUAUUUAAUCAAUAAAAAACUUAAGAAAAAAAAACACGCAUAAUCAAAUCAAUAGCACACGCUUCCUCCAGUGACGCGCGCACUUCAACGCCUAAAUAUGGAUUCAUUGGAGCGUCUGUUGCGCGCUGCGCCACUGCCGCGCACGCUGACAAGCGUGAACGGUGCCGUCGCCAAGGGACAACAGCGCGCCUUGGUGCACGCCUCGCUGGCAGCGGCCACUGUCGGGCGUAAGGGACGCCAUUUGACGGGCACAUUUUGUCUCACUGGCGACACCAUGGAGGGUAUCAUACAGUGUUUGGUCUUCUUGAAAGCGUUUUCGCUCGUCGGUGGCGAAUUUGAUAUGGAAUUAAAUUUUGUGAUACAAGAUGCACAAAAUAUUAAACACAUGCUAGAACUGCUCGAUCAUUGUCCGCCAAAUCUACAGGCCGAGAUCUGGAGUGUGUUCAUUGCUAUUCUACGCAAGAGUGUGCGCAAUUUGCAAGCAUGCACAGACGUCGGUCUAAUCGAGCACGUCUUGGUGAGACUGCAGCGCUCCGAAACGGUUGUGGCAGAUUUGCUCAUCGAAAUGCUGGGUGUGUUGGCCAGCUACAGCAUUACAGUGAAAGAGCUCAAACUACUCUUCGGCACCAUGAAAGCGGUGAAUGCCAAAUGGCCACGUCACUCCGCCAAACUGUUGAAUGUGUUGCGUCAAAUGCCACAUCGUAAUGGACCGGAUGUGUUCUUCAGUUUUCCAGGACGCAAAGGAUCGGCUAUGGUACUGCCGCCGCUAGCGAAAUGGCCAUACGAAAAUGGCUUUACAUUUACAACGUGGUUUCGUUUGGAUCCUAUUAAUUCGGUGAAUAUCGAGCGCGAGAAGCCCUACCUCUAUUGCUUUAAAACAUCGAAAGGCGUCGGCUAUACGGCUCAUUUUGUUGGCAAUUGUCUGGUGCUGACAUCGAUGAAAGUCAAAGGCAAAGGUUUCCAGCAUUGUGUGAAAUAUGAAUUUCAACCGAGAAAGUGGUACAUGAUUGCCAUAGUGUACAUAUAUAAUCGUUGGACGAAAAGCGAAAUAAAGUGCCUCGUUAAUGGACAAUUGGCGUCCAGUACCGAAAUGGCGUGGUUCGUUUCCACAAACGAUCCAUUUGACAAGUGUUACAUCGGCGCAACGCCCGAACUGGAUGAGGAGCGUGUCUUUUGCGGGCAAAUGUCAGCGAUUUAUCUAUUCAGCGAAGCGCUGACAACGCAGCAGAUUUGCGCGAUGCAUCGCCUGGGGCCCGGUUAUAAGUCGCAAUUCCGCUUCGACAACGAGUGCUAUUUGAACCUGCCGGACAAUCACAAACGGGUGAGUCAGAACAACAGCAACAACACUAUAUCGACGACGGUGCUGCUCGCCGAACAGGAGGCACAGGCCAUCGACUGGGCCGAUGAGAAGCUCGAUUUGAGUGCGGCCUUUGCGAAGGUGCGCGCUGUGCUCUCAGCACGCAACGCCUCGACCAAUGCGGUGCUCAAUGCGCUGGGCGGUGUAGUGGUCGUCGAUCAGACGGCCGGCGGUGCUGACGCCACACAACCGACGGCGGCGGCGGCAGCGGCGAACGCCAACAGCGCUGGCGGAAAUCAAACAGCUGCGAGUGCAAACAACAAUCAGUUUGGCGGCGGCGCUGCGAGCGUCGGUGACAACAACAAAAUCAUCACAGAUCCUUUGUGUCAUUUGCCAACCGGAAAUACAUCCUUUGAGCAAUUGCGUCGCAUUUCGUCGACUUCCGCUGCCGGUUUAGAGCUUUUGAGGGGAUACACCAGUCAGACCGAAGAAAUUACUCAGCUUAAAGCUGUACUCUACGAUGGCAAAUUGUCAAAUGCCAUUGUCUUCAUGUACAAUCCAGUGGCAACCGAUGGCCAGCUGUGUCUACAAUCCGCACCCAAAGGAAAUGUUUCAUACUUUGUACAUACACCGCAUGCACUUAUGUUACAGGACGUUAAGGCCGUCGUUACACACUCAAUACACUGUACAUUAAAUUCCAUUGGUGGCAUUCAAGUGCUGUUUCCGCUGUUCUCGCAAUUGGAUAUGGCGCAUGAGGGCAUAAGCGAUAUAAAACGUGAUCCGACGCUAUGUUCCAAACUUUUGGGUUUCAUUUGUGAAUUGGUGGAAACAUCACAAACCGUACAACAACAUAUGAUACAGAAUCGUGGCUUCCUAGUCAUCUCGUUUAUGUUGCAACGUUCGUCGCGCGAACACUUAACUUUGGAAGUUUUGGGUUCAUUUCUCAAUUUAACCAAAUAUUUGGUGACAUGUCUGUCGGCGAACAGUGAUUUAUUGCUGAAGCAGUUGUUCUGUUUCUCAUUUCUGACGUGGCAGCUGCUCGAUCAUGUGCUCUUCAAUCCGGCGCUGUGGAUCUACACGCCAGCCAAUGUACAGGCGCGCCUGUACUCCUAUCUGGCAACGGAAUUCCUCAGCGAUACGCAAAUCUACAGCAAUGUGCGACGUGUUAGCACCGUACUGCAGACAGUGCACACACUGAAGUACUACUAUUGGGUUGUGAAUCCGCGUGCAAAGAGUGGCAUCAUACCAAAGGGAUUGGAUGGUCCACGUCCAGCACAAAAGGAUAUUCUAGCGAUACGCGCUUAUAUUUUAUUGUUUUUGAAACAAUUGAUUAUGAUUGGCAAUGGCGUCAAAGAGGAUGAAUUGCAAAGCAUUUUGAAUUAUUUGACGACCAUGCAUGAGGAUGAGAAUCUUCAUGACGUUCUGCAAAUGUUAAUUUCGCUCAUGUCCGAGCAUCCCAGCUCCAUGGUACCUGCUUUCGAUGUGAAACAUGGCGUUCGUAGCAUUUUCAAAUUAUUGGCUGCUGAAAGUCAAUUGAUACGCUUACAAGCAUUGAAAUUGCUUGGAUUCUUUUUAUCACGCAGCACACACAAACGAAAAUAUGACGUUAUGUCGCCGCACAACUUAUACACACUAUUAGCGGAACGUUUAUUACUCUACGAGGAAUCGCUCUCCCUGCCCACGUAUAAUGUCCUCUACGAAAUUAUGACCGAACAUAUAUCACAACAAAUACUAUAUACCAGACAUCCAGAGCCGGAGAGUCACUAUCGUUUGGAGAAUCCAAUGAUGCUUAAGGUCGUCGCCACGCUCAUACGACAAUCCAAACAAACCGAAUCCUUGAUCGAGGUCAAGAAGCUCUUCCUCUCCGACAUGACCUUGCUGUGUAAUAGCAAUCGCGAAAACCGACGCACCGUGCUACAGAUGUCCGUGUGGCAGGAAUGGCUCAUAGCAAUGGCCUACAUACAUCCGAAGAAUACUGAAGAGCAGAAAAUCUCCGAUAUGGUAUACUCACUUUUCCGUAUGUUGUUGCAUCAUGCGAUCAAGCAUGAGUACGGUGGUUGGCGUGUGUGGGUUGACACACUGGCCAUUGUGCACUCGAAGGUCUCCUACGAAGAAUUCAAACUGCAGUUCGCGCAAAUGUACGAACACUAUGAACGACAACGCACAGACAACAUAACGGAUCCGGCGUUGCGACAAGCGCGUCCCAUCAGCACGAUCAGCGGUUGGGAGCGUGAAGAGCAACAACAGCAGCAACAUCAUCAGCAUCAUCAACACCAACAACAACAGCAACUGGAGCAUACGCAUAUGCAUCAGCAGCAGCAACGACACGCCGCGCUGCCAGCGGCUACAAUACAAGAGGUGCCAGUUAAAGAUGAGGAAUCGGUGGGUUCCCUUGAAGAUGUGCCACCCGUGGAAGAGGAAGUAGAUGAGAGCGAAGAUAUUGAGUCCACAACACAGGAGUUGAACGCAACAGCCGAUGUUAAUGAGCCCGCGAACUGUGUCUGCACGUCGGACGAAAAGGAGGCCGAUGAAGAUUUGACGAAAGAGACAGUGCCAAGCGAAGACUUGACCAAAUCGAAAAUUUCCAACAUAUCCGAUGUUUACAAUGAACACAUUAAAUCGGAAGUGAUAGUCACCAGUAUAGUUGAGUCGCCGGCAGUUGCGGUGACUUGCAACGGCAGCGCUUCCAGUUCGUCGACGGGCGCCAGCGCUAGCAGUACACCUGCGAAGUCAACCACUAGCGGCGGUCAAGAAGCAUUGUCACAAACACUUAACCUCAAGGCAGAGGAUCUCGAAGAAAUCGAGUUGGCCACCGCCAAAAUGGCGGCCGGUGUAACUGCCGAUGACGAGCUCGUACAACAAGUGCUACAGAACUCCGAAAAGGCGUUACAAGACUGCAAAAUAGUAGCCGAUGAAAUGCAAGAAGCCUCCUCCGUCUUGAAGGAUGAGGAGAUUGAAUUAGCUGUCAAUGAGGUAGUACAAGGUGUGCUCAAGAAUGAGAAGAAGCAAGCGACAAAAGAACCGUCCACAGAACAAAGCCACACAACAACACAGCAGAGUGCUGAGGACAAUGUGUCUUUGUUGAACACAAAGAAUUUGCUGAACAACAAUGCUGAUGAGCUCAAAACUACAACACAAGUCAACAAUAACAACACAACCGAUAUUAAUGAGACAAAUGCGAACAGUGAGACCAACGAAAAUGCAAACAAUGCCGUAACGGAUUUACUCACCCAAGCGUCUGACGUUAUUGAGACGCAACAAAAGACUGAAGAUAACAAAACCGAUGAAAAUACCAUAAAUAACAACAACACAAAUACUGCCGAGCCCAGCGACGACGAGCACAAAACCUCAAAGUUGGCAAUCGUUGUUGCGAAAGAGCACGAACACGAACUAAUGGAUGUGAGUUCUUCGCUCUCGACCACGGUAGAGACUACCGAGGAGAUCUCCUCACUUAGUCCCGAAACAACCGUAUCGAGUGCAUCCAUGACCGAAGAAAACUUACUCGGACUAACCGAAUCGUCGACGGUGGACAAUGAAAACAUCAUUGUCGAGACAAUGGUAAAGGACAUAGUCGAUAAAUUGAUAGACAAAGUGGUCGAUGCGAGUGUUGCCGAAGAUGAGGCGCGCAAAGAGACCAACAACAAUGAGAUUGUCGAAAAAGUAAAGAAUGAAGUUAGCGAAGAAGCUGUCUCUGAGGCGGCCAAAGAAAUCGUAGAGGAUGUGCUCACAACCGCAUUAGACAAAGCUGAGACGGAGGUAACAGCGGCGGCACAGGAAGUCACACACAUUGAUAUAGCCGGUGAACCACAAGUAGAAGCCGCAAAGGAAAAUGUCACAGACAUUGUACAAACAGUUGUGAAUGAUUUGUUAGAGCAAACUGUAAAUGCAGUAGAGCAAACGAUUGAGCCCAUAAUGGAAGCUACAGUGUCCACAGAUGAGUUGAAAGCUGAAACGGUGGAGCCACUUGUAUUACCGGCAACAAUGGAAGUGCCAGCGGAGAAACCAUUAGCGGUCAUACUACCUGCAGUAGUGAAGGAAGUCGACUCCACUACACAAACCACGCCAAAGAACCAGCCGAAUGACGGUGCUGCUGUUGGGCUUUUGGAUGCCGAAGCAGUGGAAGAGCUGGUCGAGCAAACCGAAGAGGAAACACAAACCACACAAGAAGAAUUGCAAGACGAUAUGGUGCCAGUGGAUGAACGGCAGACAAAACACACGACUGCCAGCACACAAGUUGAGAAUACUCAUUUUGAAAACAAACAUCCACACCAGCAACAACAACAGCAACCACAGCAACAGCAACAACAGCGUACAAAAGCUGGCUCAACACGUCCAAUGUUCAGUCCCGGACCGACACGUCCACCCUUUCGCAUACCGGAAUUCAAAUGGUCCUACAUACAUCAACGCCUGCUCUCCGAUGUGCUCUUCUCCCUCGAGACGGACAUACAAGUGUGGCGCAGCCACUCGACUAAAAGUGUUUUGGAUUUUGUAAAUUCAAGCGAGAAUGCUAUCUUCGUGGUGAAUACGGUGCAUUUGAUAUCGCAGUUAGCGGAUAAUUUGAUCAUCGCUUGUGGCGGUCUGCUGCCACUCUUGGCAAGUGCCACGUCGCCCAAUUCCGAAUUGGAUGUUCUGGAGCCCACACAGGGAAUGCCGCUCGAUGUGGCCGUCUCCUUUCUGCAGCGUCUCGUCAAUAUGGCAGACGUGCUAAUCUUUGCCACUUCGUUGAAUUUCGGGGAACUGGAGGCGGAGAAGAACAUGUCCAGCGGUGGCAUACUGCGUCAAUGUUUGCGUCUGGUGUGCACAUGUGCCGUGCGCAAUUGCCUGGAGUGUAAGGAGCGCACCCGCUACAACAUGGGCGCAAUGGCGCGCGAUGUUCCCGGUGCAGCACACCUACAGGCGCUCAUACGUGGCGCACAGGCGUCGCCCAAGAAUAUUGUUGAGUCAAUAACAGGUCAAUUAUCCCCAGUCAAGGAUCCUGAGAAGCUGCUGCAGGAUAUGGAUGUUAAUCGCUUGCGUGCGGUUAUCUAUCGUGAUGUGGAGGAAACCAAGCAAGCACAGUUCCUCUCACUCGCCAUCGUCUAUUUCAUUUCCGUGCUAAUGGUUUCCAAGUACCGUGAUAUACUCGAACCACCAGCGGAACCGCAAAUACAACGUCAAUCGCCCGUGAUGCAACGUGCAGCAGCCGAACCCUCAGGUCGUCCGCUCUUCCCCCAGUGGUCGCACCACGUCUAUCCACAAUUCCUGCCCAACAAUUCUCAUCAAAAUCACAUGCCUACGGCGGCAUCGACGACAUCGAAUAUGCAACAGCAACAACAACAAACACAAACAACGCAUCAACAUUACUAUCAACAACAACAACAGCAAAUGACAUCACCGCCACACCAGCCACAACAACAGCAACAGCUGUCACAGCAGCACAAUUACAGCCAUCAUUAUGCUACAUUACAGCAGCAGCAACAACAACAACAACAUCAGCAGCAACACCAACACACAGCAUACUAUGGUGGUGAACAACAACAACAACAGCUACACAAUCACGCAAUGAGCGGCGGCAGCAGCAACAGCAGCAGCAAUUACGCUGGCAAUAUAUCACCGCCGUUGGCCACACAGUCAACAAGUUCCUCAGCCUCAUCGUCGGCCACCUCACAGCCGGCCUCGUCUUCGUCGUUGUCGAGCUUGGCCUCACAGCCUGGCGGUGCAGCAGUGACACGUCAUCACCAGCAACAACAACAGCAACAUCAGCAUGUCGCACAUCACACACACACUGUCGCACACCAGCACCAGCGGCAUGCACCGAAACACCACUAUCACCACCAACAGCAGCAGCAACAGCAACAACAACAACAAAUGCCACCACAACAAUUCCAACAACACUACGGCAUGAUGAAUGGCAUUGGUAAUCAAAUGGUGAACGGUGUUGGUGGUGGUGGCGUUGGUGGCAGCAAGACUGCAUCUCAAAAUGCCACAAUGCCAGCCAACAGUCAUCAGCAACAUUACGUUGGCAAUUCAGGCGAUAUGAAUGGCAGUGCCUACCACCAAUAUAUGCGACCAAGUGGCGCCAUGAUGAAUGGCAACGGUGGUGGUGGUGGUGGCAGUGGUGUGGCGCAUCCGAACGGCAUCACCGUCGAUUAUCACACACAUGCACAUGCCACCGGUGUUGGUGGGCCAGUGAAUGGUGUGGCCGCCAAUAAUAAUGGCCUUCUACUAAGCAAUAACAACAAUUGCAACAACAACGGCAUGCGUGGCAAUGCGUUGCGCGAUGUGAGCACCGGCAGUGGUGGUGGACACAUAUUGGGCGGCGCUGGUGUUGGUAUUGGUGUUAGUGUUGGCGUUGGUGGUGUGAGUGUUUCAACUGGCACAGGUAGCGGUGUUGUUAGCGGCGCUGCAACAAUGCCGUACAAGAAUAAUGGUUUGAAUAACAAUUACCGCUACAAUGGACGCGCCAAUAUCGGAACAGGCGCACGCACCAUACAAGAUGGCGACUAUGAGAUAAUUGUCGUGGAUGAGAAUAAUCCAUCGGUGUUGGCGGACAAUGACUCACACUCAAGUGGACCGCCUUCGAUUAAGAGUAAUAAGGCUACUACUGCCAAUACGAAUACAACUACUACAACAACAAUAACAACAAAUACGUCCAACACUAAAACGGAACCAAGGCUAAAUACAAAAACUGUGACAAAUCUAGCAACAACUAUAACAACAACACUAGGUUUAACAUCGAACAAUGCGAAAGUGUUGAAGCAUACAAGUAAAUUGCAACAACAACCAUUAUCACCACCGAAACCAGUGUUGCCUAAAAAAUUGCCAAAGAGUGUCGACUCGGAUGUCGGUUCGUUGAACAUGAAUUCAACGGAGAACGAAGUUCCUGAAGUGGAAUCGUCGAGUGAAAUUCUGGCCGAUGACAACAAACCGACCAACUCGAACGACGAAAGCUGGACAGAUGUCAAUUUGAAUGAGGAUGCUGGUGUACAGGCCACCGCAAGUGGUUUAUUGUCGGGCGGCAUGUCGGCAGUGGAUGGGAAAAUGCGUGACAUCGACGGCUUGCAGCAUCAUGCACACCAACAGCAACAACAACAGCAGCAGCAUCAACAGCAGUCAACAACGACAGGGCAUGGACAACCGCAGGGUGCUCAACAAAUGCAAGUACACCACGGACAUCAGUUGGUGGGUGCUGGCGGCGAACGCGGCGAUAAACCCGAUUCGGAAAUAUCGGUGGUACGCGUACCGGACAGUUAUGCAGCAGCAUCCGGCGCAUCAGGCGCGGGCGUUGGCACGGCUGCCGGCAAUGUGGGUCAGCGUGGCACACGCUCCGAUGAGCUACAAAUGAAACCACCACUCGUUGGCCAGCUGCCGAUGACAACGCCCUCGCGUGAGGCGAGUCUUACGCAGAAGUUGGAGGUGGCGCUGGGACCGGUGUGUCCGCUGCUACGUGAAAUUAUGGUCGACUUUGCGCCGUUCCUUUCGAAAACGCUCGUCGGCUCGCACGGUCAAGAGCUGCUGAUGGAGGGUAAAGGUCUAACAACGUUCAAGAACUCACAUUCCGUGGUCGAGUUGGUGAUGUUGCUGUGUUCGCAAGAGUGGCAGAACAGUUUGCAAAAGCAUGCCGGUUUGGCGUUUAUUGAAUUGAUUAAUGAGGGUCGCCUGUUGUCGCAUGCCAUGAAGGAUCACAUAGUGCGUGUCGCUAAUGAAGCCGAAUUCAUAUUGAAUCGUAUGCGCGCCGAUGAUGUGCUCAAGCAUGCCGAUUUCGAGUCACAAUGUGCUCAAACGCUGUUGGAGAGACGCGAGGAAGAGCGCAUGUGUGACCAUCUCAUCACCGCAGCACGGCGACGUGACAAUGUGAUUGCUAGUCGCCUACUCGAAAAGGUGCGUAAUAUAAUGUGCAAUAGACACGGUGCCUGGGGUGAUGCCAGCGGUGCUGUACAGAAGCAGACAUUCUGGAAAUUGGACGCCUGGGAGGAUGAUGCACGCCGCCGUAAGCGUAUGGUACAAAAUCCGCGCGGCUCUUCACAUCCACAGGCCACGCUCAAGGCGGCCAUUGAAAAUGGCGCACCUGAAGAUGCCAUUUUACAGACACGUGAUGAAUUCCACACACAGAUCGCUGUGUCACGCGCUCAUCAAUCCACCCAGCAUACAGCUGAUCUGUUGGAUGACGCAGAACUGUUGAUUGAAGACCGUGAGUUGGAUUUGGAUUUGACAGGACCUGUCAAUAUUAGCACUAAGGCGAAACUAAUCGCACCAGGUGUCGUAGCACCUGGUACAGUGUCUAUCACUAGCACAGAAAUGUUCUUUGAGGUGGACGAAGAUCAUCCAGAGUUCCAGAAGAUUGAUCCGGAAGUGCUGAAGUACUGCGAUCACUUGCAUGGCAAGUGGUACUUCUCAGAAGUGCGUGCAAUCUUCUCCCGUCGGUACUUGUUGCAAAAUGUCGCACUGGAAAUCUUCCUAGCCAGUCGCACCUCCAUACUCUUCGCUUUCCCCGACCAACAUACCGUGAAGAAGGUCAUCAAAGCUUUGCCACGUGUUGGCGUCGGUAUCAAGUAUGGCAUACCACAAACACGUCGCGCUUCAAUGAUGUCGCCACGUCAGCUAAUGCGCAACUCUAAUAUGACACAGAAGUGGCAACGGCGCGAAAUCUCGAACUUCGAGUACUUAAUGUUCCUCAAUACAAUAGCAGGACGCACUUACAAUGACCUCAAUCAGUAUCCAGUCUUUCCAUGGGUACUCACCAAUUAUGACACAAAAGAACUGGACCUCAGUCUGCCUUCGAACUACCGCGAUCUCUCGAAACCGAUUGGCGCAUUGAAUCCGUCACGACGCGCCUACUUCGAGGAACGUUAUGAAAGCUGGGAGAGUGAUACGAUACCACCAUUUCACUACGGCACCCAUUACUCAACAUCGAGUUUCACACUAAAUUGGUUGGUACGUGUUGAGCCCUUCACCACCAUGUUCUUAGCGCUGCAAGGCGGAAAAUUCGACUAUCCCGACCGCUUAUUCUCCUCCAUAUCGCUUUCGUGGAAAAACUGCCAACGUGACACGUCCGACGUUAAAGAACUCAUACCCGAAUGGUACUUUCUGCCAGAAAUGUUCUACAACUCGUCCAGUUAUCGGCUCGGUCAUCGCGAAGAUGGCACACUCGUCAAUGAUGUUGAACUGCCGCCCUGGUCUAAGAGCCCCGAAGAAUUUGUACGCAUCAACCGCAUGGCUUUAGAAUCGGAAUUCGUUUCAUGCCAACUGCAUCAAUGGAUCGAUUUGAUUUUCGGCUACAAACAACGUGGACCCGAAGCUAUACGCGCUACUAAUGUCUUCUACUACCUAACCUAUGAAGGUAGCGUAGAUUUGGAUGCUAUCAGCGAUCCCGUUAUGCGUGAGGCUGUGGAGAAUCAAAUACGCAAUUUUGGCCAGACACCCAGUCAAUUGCUUAUGGAACCGCAUCCACCACGCAGUUCGGCAAUGCAUUUGUCGCCGAUGAUGUUCAGCGCCAUGCCCGAUGAUCUCUGCAUGUCGCUUAAAUUCUAUCAGAAUUCACCAAUUAUACACAUCUCUGCCAAUACCUAUCCGCAAUUGUCAUUGCCGUCGGUAGUGACCGUAACUGCGGGCCAUCAGUUCGCCGUGAAUCGCUGGAAUUGCAAUUAUACCGCAUCCGUCCAGAGCCCCAGCUAUGCUGAGUCGCCGCAAUCGCCUGGCUCAAAUCUGCCUCUGACCAUCGAUCCCGUCUUGUCUGCACAAAAUACCGGUCACAACAACCCCAUGAAUCGCCGCCAUCUGGGCGACAACUUCAGUCAGAUGUUGAAGAUUCGCUCCAACUGUUUCGUCACAACUGUGGAUAGUCGCUUCCUCAUUGCUUGCGGCUUCUGGGACAAUAGUUUCCGUGUGUUCGCCACCGAAACUGCUAAAAUUGUGCAGAUAGUCUUCGGCCAUUUUGGUGUGGUCACCUGUUUGGCACGUUCAGAAUGCAAUAUCACAUCGGACUGCUACAUUGCAUCGGGUUCGGCGGACUGUACGGUUCUGCUGUGGCACUGGAAUGCACGUACACAAAGCAUUGUCGGUGAGGGUGAUGUGCCAACGCCGCGCGCCACUCUAACGGGCCAUGAACAAGCAGUAACUUCGGUUGUGAUUAGUGCUGAGCUGGGCUUGGUCGUCUCGGGAUCGACAAACGGUCCUGUGCUGAUACACACCACAUUUGGUGAUCUCUUGCGUUCGCUGGAUCCACCCAUGGAUUUCUAUUCGCCCGAAUUGAUUGCCAUGUCUCGUGAGGGUUUCAUUGUUGUCAAUUAUGAUAAGGGUAAUGUGGCCGCAUAUACCAUCAAUGGCAAAAAGUUGCGCCACGAGACGCACAAUGAUAACUUGCAGUGCAUGUUGCUCUCGCGCGAUGGUGAGUAUCUGAUGACUGCUGGUGAUCGCGGUAUUGUAGAGGUUUGGCGUACCUUCAACUUGGCGCCCUUAUAUGCCUUCCCGGCUUGCAAUGCAGCAAUACGCUCGUUGGCGUUGACCCACGAUCAAAAAUACCUCCUUGCUGGUCUCUCUACCGGCUCGAUUAUUGUCUUUCACAUCGACUUCAAUCGUUGGCAUCACGAGUACCAACAACGUUACUAGGCGCCAAAAAUGGUGACAGUACAUUAAAACCCGGCAACUACGUACACAAAAAUACAACACUGACAUGCUAAGAAAACGCAGCGCAGCGCAGAGACGCCGCUUUAGCUGUGAAUAACAUACAUAAAUGACGUGACAACAACAACAAUUGUGGAUAAAAUAAGGCCAAAUUGCAAAUAAGCAGGACUUAAAAUGUUAAACAAUUAGUUAAAAGAAAACAAAAAAAAAAUUAAAAUUAAAAUAAAAAUUAAAAAAUUAUAGUGACAAAAUGCAAGUAAAAAAAUAAAAUAAAUUUAACAAAUGUAGCAAUCGCUUUGAGUUUUCAAACGUACAGUGUACACAGGUGCUCCCAUGAGCGCUUCAAAUGUUUAGUUCUUAGACGAUUUUUCAUAGGCUAGGAGAAAAUUUUGAUUUUUUGUUGUGCAAAUUUUUUACAUAGGAUAACACAGCCGAUAAAUACAUACAUACAUACAUAUAGAGUAAUAACGGGUUAGACCAAUACAUUACUACGAAUAGUUUAAAGGAAAAUUAAAAAAAUAAAAUAAAUAAAGUUGCGCUGAAAUUUCUUAACUUAACUUAGUACUUAAUAGGGUUAAAGUGGAUUUUUUUAAAUUAAAGUCGAUAAAAAUUUAUGAAAAAAAUUAAUAAAAAUUAAAAGACAAAGUUAAAUAGUUUUAGUGACACAGUAAAAAAGCAACUAAUAUCAGUUCUUUCUCAAAAACCCAACAAAGACGUAACCAAGCGGCCAAAAAAAGAAAAUAAAACGUACUUAACUUAGAAAUUUUUUUCUUAAAGCAAAGCAUUGUACUUAACACAAACGAAGGUAUUUCCGAAACUUAACAGUACGACUAGCAAAGUUGAACAUAGCAUCGCAUAGAAGCAUUAGUAGCGCGUUACAAAAAUUAAAAUAAAAAAAUGCUGAAGAAACACAAUUUCACUUGAGGAAAACUUAGCAGACAUUUGUAGGUAAGACCGCUGAGCAAAGUUGAACAUAGCAUCGCAUAGAAGCAUUAGUAGCGCGUUACAAAAAUUAAAAUAAAAAAAUGCUGAAGAAACACAAUUUCACUUGAGGAAAACUUAGCAGACAUUUGUAGGUAAGACCGCUAAAGCACAAGCAACACACAUGGCGUUAAUUUUUAAAGCAAAAUUUGUAUUUGUUUAAAUUGAGUAAAAUAACAAUUGAAGCUUAGACAAAAAGACAGUUGUAAAUGGUAGCGGGUAGACUAAACGAGCGAAAAUGAAAGGAAAAUCAUUAAAAAAGUGAGCAGAAAUAGAAACAUGCGUAAAGCAGCGCAUUUUCAACAGCAAAGCGUUAAGUUCACAAAACAUUACGUAACAUAACAUAACACAACUUAACAUAAAAAUAAACAUACAAGUUUACAUAUGUAUUAUGUGAGCAUAAGUCGCACCAUUCGUAAGUUAAUCGGCACCUAAGUUGACGUACUUACGCAUAUUAUCUGAUUACAUUUGUGUAUAUGUAUGUAUGUGUGAAAAGAAAAUGUGUAAAUUAUGACUAUUUAUUUGCAGCAGCUAAGUGUAUGUAUAUGUAAAGCCAACUUAUUGUGUACAGUUGUAUUAUGUGUAUGUUGUCUCUGUAUAGAUUUAUGUAUAUGUAUGUGUAAAAAAAAUUAGAAAAAAAGUGGUUUAAAAACAUUUUAUUGCGUCCAAUUAAAAAAUAUAAUAAAAAUAAAAACAAAACAAAAAACGAAUGAAUAAAAAUGUUUGUAUUUGCAUAAAUUACACACGCACACACAACAACAACAACAAGAAUAUUUGCAUUAGAUAUCAACAGCAAAAAUAAUUUCGUCCAAAACUCUAAGCUCAUUUGAAUACACUGUGUAACAAGGCGUAUUUUAAUAGUUGCAAAUUUUUUUGUAGUAAAAAAAUGUGUUUUAGCGAAUCAGUUGGUCCAGAGGACGCAAAAGAUAAUUUUUGUUUUAAUUUAUAGACAUUGGCUGUUUGCUAGGUUUCCAGAAUCCAUCCACUUAAACUAGUUUUUAACAUAUACUACAAAAGGUUUGUGUUUGUUGGAAAUUUUUAUAAAAUUAAAUAUUUAAAUUUCUUUUUUCACAUAAUUUUAUUCAAAGUUUAAUGAAUUAAACUCAAAUGUCAACUUUACAGCAUUGAAAGGCUAACCACUAUUGCAAUAACAGCAAGACAGCGAACAUAUUUUCAAUGUCUAUCAAUAACAGAAAUGUUAAAUAACGGUUACUUUGCUAGAGCAAAUCUCAAAGCAUUAUAAAGUGCAUAAAAUUCAACACCGACACGAAAAACAUGUUUUUACAGCAGAAACGGUUUAUAACAGAAAUCGCAACAGAAUGUUGAGGCAUUAUUAAUAACAGAAAUGUUAAAUAAGGAUUACUUUGCUAGAGCAAAACUUGAACUUAUAAACGAAAAACAUGUUUCUAUAGCAGAAACUGUUUAUAACAGGAAUCGCAACAGAAUGUUAAGGCAUUACUCUGCCCUAAACCUAAAUCAAUAUAACUGUUUCAGUUUUUAGUGAAAAGCUUAACAGCAUGUAACUAUCAUAUAGUAUAGUGAACAGUUUCAUAAUAACGUUUAAUAACAGAAACAGAAACGAUGCUCCACAACAGAAACUGAUUAUAACAGAAUGUUAAGGAGUUACUAUACGUACUAUAUUCAAUGUUUUCGCUUCUGACGCCUUUUAUAACAUACGGUAUCAAUACCAGAAAAAGUAUGCAAUGGUUAUUAAGAACAGAAUACAGAAAUAGUGAUUGCACCAAAAUAAUAUCACAGAAUUUAUGGCCUCGUGCUUCCACGCAGCCAAUAGAAAUGCUACUGUUUCUGUUAUAUAUAAAUAUAUUUGGCGUAGGAACCGCUUUAAGCGAUUAUAGCCGAUAGUUUCUGUUAUAGUAAACAUAUAUUUCCCUUCAAAGCAUGGUGAGCAUGAAUCUAGAAUACUAACAUAUGUAUACAAAAGGGGAUUCUGUAGUUACGUUAAUGCAUAAUAAGGAGACAAGGUAUGUUCUGUUAACACAACAGUGGCUGUUGCUGUAAUAGCAUAUACUUUUCCUUCAUCUGUGGUUGGAUGUUAUGUUAAAAACGUAAAUGACGUUUGUAUCUUAUUUUUCAAAGAAUGUUUAUUAAUUUUUAAUUAUUUACGGCUAAAAUAAUUAAAUUCAACAAUAAUUUCCAUUUGAAUAAUCUUUCUAAGUAUAUUAAAUAAAAUUAAUAUUAAUGAAAUAAUUAAUAACUUUAAAAGUAUUCGCCAUUCAAUGAAAUCUGUCCAGCAAAUUCAAUUAUUUAAUUUUCCUUUUAAUUAAUAAACAUUUUAUAUAGUAUAUAGUUGUAUGUUUUAAGCACAUACAUAUUUAGCUUAAGGCUCAACAACAACUUGCAAGAGCACACAAACGUACUGUGGCAUUUCUGUUUGUAAAUAAAACUACUUCAAUGCUUUCAAAAAAAAAAUAAUAAUAAUAAAAAAAAAUAUAAAUAUAAAAAAAUAAAUUAAUAAUAAAUAAAAAAUAAAAAAACAAAAAUAUUAUAUUAUAAAUGAAAAUAAAUAUACACAAAUAUAUACAUAAAAUUAUUGCGAUAAAAAUAGUACUUAACAAAACAGUGAAGCGUUUCUUUUUAAUAUUGAAGCCAAAGUGCUUAAAUUAAGGUUAAACAAUUGAUAAUUGCAGUAAAUUAAUAUUAAAUAAGCUUAAGUGCAUAUUAUGCAGCUGAUGGUGGUGGUGGGAUUGGUUUUAAUCUUAACACAGCAAAAACACAAAUAUAAAUAUGGUUACAUGAGCAUGUAGUAGCGAAAAAAAAUAAUUAUUUGCUAAGCAUUUUGUUGAUGGCAAUUUGUAAAUAAAGCUUAACAUUUUAAAAGCCAACACAGAUAUAUAAACAUAAAUUAUGAACUACUUGCAGAGCGUGAAAUAACAUUAAAUGAGUCAACUAACUACAAAAACACAAUAAAUUCAAAAAAAUAUAUAUAUACACAGCAGUAGAUAUACAAAUAUUUGCAUAAUUAAAUAUUAUAGUUGCUAAUGCAAAAAAAAAAAUUGAAAAUAAAAUAAAAUUGCAUAUGAAAAGUAUUAAAUUUAUAGACAAGAAAAACUAUUUAAAAUUAAUAAAAACAAUAUUUUAUCAGUUUUUCGACAUUCCUCCCUCCAUUUGCCCUACAAAAAACGCAAAAAAAAAUAAUAAUGAGUAAAUGUACGCAUUAAAUAACUGUUUAAUUUUAAUGAAAUGCAUCAAAAAAUUAAUUUAAUUAAUGAAAAAUUAAACAUAGGCACAUUGUGAAGGAAACUGGUAAGUAAGUUGUAUAAAUUUGUGAAAUUUACUAAAUAAAAUUUUUAAAUUGACUAAGUUCGUUAAAUUUAUAUUUCCGCUAUGACUAUUUUUGAAAAUUCACUUCAAAAUAACGGAGCCGUAAUUUUAAAUUUCCAUCCAACCAAGUUAUAAUAAAAAAGUCGAUCAAAAAAUUAAUAUUUUUAUAUUAUUAUAUAAUUUAGAAUCACAAAAUUUCUUUAAAAAUUAUUUUAAUUAAAAACUGAAUUUAUUUAAAUAAUUAAUUUUCAGGACAAAUAUAUGUAUGUAUUCGAAUAGCAUUAUUCGGAUAAUAUUCAUACGAACGGUUGCAAACCGGAUAUUCGACUAAUCGGUUUUCAGGUUUUCAUUCAAAAAUCAUAUAAACAUAUACAUAUAUGAUUCUCAAUUGGUGAUGAAGAAUGUUCUUCUGCAAUUCUGAUGUGCGUAGACAAGUAGCUUCAUUAAAAUUUUCUCAAAUGUUUCAUAAAUUUCGUAUAUAAAAUGGCAGUCAUUACCAUAUUCAUUCAAAAUAUUUAUAGAACUCAUAAAUAAUAUAUAUAUUUCAGCAGCAAAUUGCACAAUCUAAAAGCCAGAAAAAUCACUGAAUGAAGAAGAUUUUUAGUCAGUUUAACAUGGCAAAAACUUUCGAGUAACUAAUGCGAAAUACUCUCGAAUAAAAAAAACCUAAAUCAAGCGGUGAGCGCACAUUCAGCUAGGCCUAGAAGUUCUUCCACAUGGGAGUUCUUCAAAUCUUUCAUAAAGUGCUAUUAAAAAGCCUUUACUUUCGUAAAAAUCAAAAUUCAAUGAAUAAUAAAGAAGAAAGAGAGUGUUCGGUGCAUAUUCGGAAAUAAUCGUACAGUCUGAGCGAGUGGAAAAAAUAAUAAUACUUGGCAAAACCCGUGAGGUGGGGCUAAGUAGCGCUUAGUGUUGCGUGACUCGUGAUUUAAGUAGGAAAAAUCAAAUUUCCUCAGUAGAGCAACCAAUUAAGAGUAUUUGUCAUCUAACUGCUCUGUCACGAAAUGCUUCACCGAAACGUUAAUCAAGGGGGUUUAAAAAUGUAGAAUGGAUAGAUUGAAGAGAAGGGCUUGAUUUUAGACUUUUCAUUCAUGCAAUGUUAGCUGCUACUUGUAUUUCUGCAUUUCUACCGAUUUUGAAUCAAAUGUAGGAAAUACAAACGUCUUGAAGGCCAGUAUUACGCAACUAACUAGUCGAAAUAGUUGAAAAUAAUACAAAAUCAGCAUAUUUCCACAAUAAAAUUUCACUUUGAUUUAAGCUUAAAUGAAAAUAAAUAUUAUUUUAUUUUUUAUUUUUCUUUUCAAAUCAAUGCCAAUAAAUAUCAAACACUACGCUUACGAGCAUGUAAUGAAGCAGAUAAAACGCUCCGAAUUAGCAUCAAUAAACGCGCAUGUAA